GCUGCAGCCCACCCACCGCUCACGCGCUCCCUCUUGAAGACUCCGCUUCUCUUCCUCUUCGCCGAGUCUGGGACCUGGACGACGGAGCUGACUGGUCCACACGGAGCGAUGGCAGCUACUCACGGCGAGUACCGAGGCUACCUGCGGAACACGGUCGACAUGGAAGCCGGACAGCAGCGCUUCCACCCGGUGCAGCAGAGUUCGGAGACCACUUACCGGCCGCUGCUGUUCGGGACCCUGGCUGUUAUGGGAUUGCUUCAGGUGGCGUCCAGCGUGGCCAUCCUACUGCAUCUGACCGGCUACCUGCAGGAGGUAGACCUCACCACUGCCCCACAUCGACCCAUCGAGGAAGUGCAGACGGAGCCAGUGCUGAACGCGCUGAGGGACCCGAGGAAAAACAGACGCUGCAAAAGCCCAAAAGAGAGUCUACCGUCUGCUCACCUACCCAUCAGAACACACCAGGAGUUAUCUAAGAAGGGCGAGCCGAAAGCCAUCACCAUCGACUGGGACGAGGAGCAUGGAUAUCGACACAGGAUAGGCUACAUGAAGGGGAAGAUGCUGGUGGAGGAGUCUGGCUUCUACUACAUCUACGCCAAGACCUGCUUCCGCUACUACAAGUACGUCCCGGAGGAGAGCAGUCAGGCCGGGACGUCGCCUGUGGAUGUGAGCAACGCUCAGCUGAUCCAGUACGUGUACUACGAGAGCAUCAAAAAGAACAGCAAAGCGACUUUGCUGAUGAAGACCGGCAGCACCAUGCGCUGGAACAACACCAGCUACAACAUGUACUGCGCUCAGCAGGGCCGAGGCAUCCGGCUAGAAGAGGGGGACGCCUUGUACGUCAACGUGUCCAACGCUUGGAUGCUGGACCCUGAAGGAGAAGGGACGUACUUUGGGGCCGUUAAACUGGGCCCCUGAGAUCCUAACAAGAGUGGAGUGGACAUGCUACUGAACAUUAUUGAACAAGAACCACUGACAGUGAUUUGUAAAUGGUUGAAUUAUGAAAGAUGUGUGUCAAGAAAGUGUUUUAUUGUGCAUAUGUCUUGUUAUUUUGCUCUUCACCGAAUAGCCUUCAAGUGCUCAGAGAAGUCCGCUCUGGCAGAGCAGAACAAAACCACACCACUUUAUCCAAAUGGCACUGGAUUUCUCCUUCAAAUGUGUGGUUUACGUUCAAAAACAUGACUUACAUUUCCCCUCAUACGACAACAUUCGCGACCCAAGCACAUCAUUGUGCGUAUGCACUAAUUGAGCAGACCACAAGGAGCACAUAGGGAUGUGUGUUGGCAGGAAGUGGAGGAUUCAUCAUGGAAACUUCACCGGUCAUCUGUUUGUACUUAGCAGGUUAUCACUGCAGUAAAACCAACACCACUUCAUAAAUGUUUUUACUGGAAACGUUGAUGUGCAGGCGAGGAAUCCUCCGCGCUGUAAGUACCUCAUCGCCGCGAUUGGAAAUGAGCAGUUGGACCCAGAUUUAUUCGACCCUCAAGAUCUCAGAGGAACCGAUGAAAUGUGAUUCCGCGAAACACUCUGAGGUUGUUCAUGAAACACCCGGUCCAGUUGGAAGGCGAGAAGGCCCAGACCCCUGUGCUCCAGAAGCUAUUGUGUACUAACACAUUUGUCGGCUUCAGUGUUGACAAAUACAUGACAAAGUUAUUCAAAACUGACGCGCAAACGGCAAAUCUACAAGCAGAUAAGACGGAUAGCUGGACUGUCUGUCCAUGAACGACAAACAUAGACUUGUGUCUUCUUUAACCAAAGGAACCAAAUGGAUUUUGGUUCAUUUUAACUUAAUUUUUUUUUUGUUUGUUUGUUUUUCAUUUGGCUCUUCUGUGAGGUAAAUGGGGAAUAUGCACUAAGUAUUUAUUUAUUAGCUAACAGAAAUACAGACGGGUCAUUGUUCAAGUGACUAUACGGCUGUAAAAAUCAUUUAUGUCUGUGUGUGACAUCCAGUACGCGGCACUUAGAGGAAUUAGUACACAUGCUUGUUUUUUUUGUCAUGUAAACACAGGGGCUUUUGUUGAAAUUCCAUAUUUAUGUAUCUUGAUUUUUGACAAUUCUGUGUGCACUUGCCUAGUCCAAAGCAAUAGAUUGUAAGAUUGUAGCAUACGUGUCAAUUAUCUGCUCUCUUCUUCCCAAGUCAGUGUUUUUCUAUUUAUGUUUGUGUAUUUUUAAUAAAAACCUACUUUUGUA